UCCCAUUUUUCGCGCGGCCCGAAUGCGAACACCUUCGCGCGGCCCACGUUCGCCUCGUACGGAAACGGUUGCUACGCAGGCUAGCAGCACGUGGUCGAUCAGCAGACUUAGCCAGUCUUGAACAUGGCGUUUAAGGUGCCUUACGUUCUUCUGUCGCUUUUCGUCGUAAUCGCCUCGUCUCAGGCUGUUACCGAUAAAGAGAUCGACGAAUUUCUGGAUAUCUGCAUCGACUCCAAAUACCACAAAAGUAAACCCGGGCCAGAAGCUGAUGUCUUCAACAAGAAGUUUCACUGCACUCCAUGGAAAGGCCACGCUUGUUGCACCGCCAACACCACGUUUAAUAUUCAAGAAGACGGCGCUUUGUCGCUGUAUAAUAUGCAUUGGGAUCAGUGCAACACUACCAUGUCACCGAAAUGUCGCAGAUACUUCGAGAUUGAUACGUGUAUGUACGAAUGCUCGCCUUAUAUGAAGCCUUGGAUCACCGUCGAUCCCAACUCAAAGAAGACACGAAAAGAGAGGUUUACAAACGUCCCGAUGUGCAAGUCCGACUGCGAUGCGUGGUUCGAUGCCUGCAAAGACGACUUAACUUGCUCAGACAACUGGGGGAAUUACAAAACCUGGAACUGGAAAACUGGAAUGUGCAAGAUGGAGUGUAAGACCUUCAAGGAUUACUUCGGCGACCCCGAAAAAUUCUGCAACAAAAUCUUCAACUUCUCAUGGAAAUACACCGAGGGGAAAGCUGGCGACGAUUGCAUGACUCUUUGGCCGAACGGUACAACAAAUAUUAACGAGAACGUCGCUCGCAAGCAUGCUAAGAGAUUGCUGACUACGAAAUCUUCGGGAUCAAAGGUGGCUGCGGGCUUAAUAGCCGUGAUUUUACUAGCGGUCUUGGCGUAUAAUAUAUGCUAAUUUGAAUGGAUGAAAAAAUGGCGCAGUAAAUUUACUACGAGCCAGUUUAAUAACACGUGGUAUGCGUGACAUUUACGUUCCGUACAAUGUUUGUUACGAUUGUUGUUUUCAUAAUAUUAAUCGUCUGUCAACCGAUGUGUGUAUAUUUAGGGACUUUUAAUAUUUAAAUUUGUACAAUAUAUAUCGAUGUUGUUUCCGCACCUUGACUUGCUUCAAUGAUCUCUGUUGUUUGUGUUCAGCUUUUUGUUGGUUUUCUCCUAUCUGUAACAAAAUUCUUGAUUGUGAUUGGUUCUCCAUGCACGCCUGUCUCAAUCAAUGCUCCAUGGUAUGGUUGUGUAUUGGAUACCUAUGCCAUUACCAGGUCAAUUACUGUGCAUGAGAUUUAAUAGCUUCCUUCUCAAUGUUCCAUACAGUUUUUAACUUGUGAAAACAGUACUGGCUUUUUUGCUCAAAAGACUUUUUUAAUCUCCCAUUUUGUCAUUGAUAUGGUUAAUUAGUAAUAGGACCUCAUGUCUUACAAUUCAGAGAGAAAUCAUGCUCAUUAUUUCAAAUUGGCCUUAGCGCAGCGUGCUCAUCCAAUUUCGAAAUUACUCGCCUGAUUACUUCCUGAGUUGAGUUGAGGUCUAAUAAUUAAGAUUUUGAUUACCCUUGGAAGACUUCUGGUUACGGACUAAAUUCUCCUUAAGUCAGUGAUGGCAAAAUGCAAGGGAAUAAUACAGAGAAAUUCAAUAAUGACCUUGAAACAGAAAAGGAUAAUCAGUGGUGUUUCAACUUGCCUGCGGAGGAUUGGAGUUUUUCUCAUUUCUGCCAACAGAUCGUGAUAUGUGGGAUGUGAAAAUAUUGUAGAAUGAUUAUCUUUGAUUUCUUGCAAUAUGCAGGUGUUUUUAGUAACAUGUUAAACCGUCUCAAGACAGUGUUUGACCGCAGUUACAAACACCUCUAAGUUUGUCAAAAAUACUCCGCUGCAUGUCUUAUUUUCAACUGUGGAAAAUAAUGUAUGUACGUGGUCAAACACAGUCAUUUGAGUCUGAUAUAUUGCUUCUCAGUCGAAACUAAAACUAAGGAGAAAUUUUAAUUGUAAAAAUCUAAGCUACUUAAGAUCAGAUAUCCAUACACCGUCAUGAUCAGACUUUCCUUUAUUUAAACUUAAUGAAUAAAUUAUUAAUUAGUUUGAGAAGUGAAUCCAUAGGAUUCAGUGGAGAAAAACCCCUGGCAAUGUGUUUUGUAAAAUCUCCAGAUUUUCAGUUCUCAUGUACUAGCAGGUCUGGGACAUGGAAAUUAUCUUAGAUGUACAUUUGGCUAGAUAAAUGUUGUAAAAUAAGACAUAUUCUCUUUGUUACAUUCAUUAUGUUACUGUCUUGCUGAAAGAUUUUUUUUUUUGGUUGAUGUAUUUGAUAGGUUGCUGGUUAAACUUCAAUACAUGGUGGUAGAGAAUUGUUUCUUGCAAAUAAUCACCCAGAAAACUUCCCAGUUAGACAGAUAAUAUAUGUAGCAAUUAAGUGUAAUUGCGAGUUAGCGUUAGGAAGUUGAGUUAUUUAAUUUCUUCAACAUAGUGAUUGGACCUGUAGUUUUAAUUCUAACUGAUGGUUAAGCUUUUAUCAUUGCAAAUUGUGAUAAUUUCCAUUUUACAUGUGUUUGUCACAGGAAAAUACUGCAAAUUAAUUCUAAAUUUUUAAUUUUAGAUCUAUCUUCCACAUUUGAAUGUUAUUUGCUAUUUCAAUCAUUCUAGUUAGCUAUUAAUGUAUUCGUGUGUAGCAAUUAUUUUUUUCUACAAUAAAAAGUAAAAACAAUGAA